AACCUUUUCAAAUCCUUGGGCCACCUUUUGAAGAAACAGCAUUCAUUAGCUGUUAGAUAUUGAAGCUGCUUCCUUUGCCAUAGCAAUUUCAAUUUAAAAGCAAGAACAGCCAACGGGUACAAAUGGCCAGAGUAAUUUCCACAGUGACCGCGCUUUUAUUCUUCUUCAUGAACUCCAAGGCAUUUGAUGUUAAGGAGAUUGUGCCAGGCGGUGAGGUUGCCGCAGAGAUAGGCAGCAAGCUGGUGCUAAAUUGCAAUGCGACUGGCUGUGAAGCCCCAACUUUCUCUUGGAGAACCCAGUUGGACAACCCAUUAGGAGGGAUCGUGAGCCACCAAGGGAGCAGUUCAGUCUUGACUAUGGAUCCUGUUAGCUUUGCAAAUCAGCAUGAUUAUCUUUGCAGUGCCUCUUGUGGGGACAACAAUAAACAAAGGACAGUCAGCAUUCGCAUUUUCUCAUUUCCCAGUGAUCCCAUUAUUGAGACCAGCGGCCCACUUGUUCUUGGGAAACAAGCUAGCAUCACCUGUAGAAUUUUGAACAUAUAUCCUCCUGAUGGACUGGACAUAAAGCUGAAGAAAGGAGAGGAUCUCAUGGCUGGGACAGAACAAUUUGAAGAUCCUGUGACCAGGCCUUUAGAGACAAGAAGUUUGACAACUACCUUUACGCCCACUGAGACAGAUAUUGGGGAAAAGAUCACUUGUGUGGCUAGGCUGUCAGUUGAGGAGAUGGAAUCCAAGCAAAGGCAGACGAUGCACAUACUUAACGUGAAUUAUGGUCCACGGAAAACUCACAUCACUGCGUCUCCAGGUACCACCCUAUUGGAAGAUGGCACACUGCUGCUUCACUGUAUGACUGAAAGUAAUCCUCCAGCAAGGAUUGUAUGGAAGAAACAGCUGGCUAAUGAAACUCUGCAAAGCAUUGUAAAAAAUCAUACCUUGUCAAUUCCAAAUGUUCAGUUUGAUGAUUCUGGAGUCUACAUCUGUGAAGUCACAAAUGAAGUAACCAACAAAACAGAGAACAGAACAGUGACUGUUUCUGUACAAGGUGCCCCCAGGCUGCAAGAAUUUUCUAUACUUCCUUCUGCAACAGUGAACGAAGGAGAAAGUGUUACACUACAGUGCUCUGUGCAAAGCAGCCCUGCUGCUCAGAUUGUCAUAAGAAGAAAAUUGGCCAGUGAAGAUGAGAUACUUGAUAGCAAAGAUGGAAUUGUUCAUAUCCCGCGUGUGACCCCUGAUGAAGCUGGAAGUUAUGAGUGUGAAGUAGAAAAUAAAUUUGGGAGAAGGAAAAUGGCAGGAACACUAAGUGUGGAGUCUCUUUCUUCAACUGCUGCAACAGUUACCUAUCGACAAGAAAACGUUACUGAGGUGGAGGAUUUUGAUAGGAAGAGUGCAACCUAUCAUACUCCACAAGACAAGAGUGGCAUUUUGGAAAACGAAACUUCAUUUGCACCAAAGGACAUAAAUUCCACGUUGUAUGGAUUAUCCAGAAAUGAUACAAUCACAUAUGAUACAAUCACAUUUUCCAGAAAUGAUACAAUCACAUAUGCAUUGGAUGGUUUUGGUGUCACAAAUGGUACAGAAGAGAUAGAAAUUAUCAUAGUCAAUACAGAAGAACUGGAUUAUGUGACUCCCAUGAUCGUCGGGGUUUCUUCUGUCGCAACCGUUGCAGGCCCCAUGGCGGCAAUAUUGGUUUACAUUUCCAGGAAGGCAAAGAUCAAUGGAUCCUACAGUCUUGUAAGCUCACUGAAACCACAAGUAUAA